AUGGCUUUUUCAUCAUCUGCUAGAAACCCAGUUGACCUGAGAAAUGGAUCGAAGAACAGUUUUUGUCCGGUGGGUGAAAUACAUGUAAUUGUUGGUCCUAUGUUUGCUGGAAAAACCACUGCUCUUCUUCGCCGGGUCAAUUUGGAAUCCAACGAUGGGAGAAAUGUGGUACUGAUUAAGUCAAGUAAAGAUGCAAGAUAUGCUGUAGAUGCAGUGGUGACACAUGAUGGGACAAGAUUUCCAUGUUGGUCAUUGCCGGAUCUUUCAUCUUUCAAGCAGAGAUUUGGAAAAGAUGCAUAUGAAAAGGUGGAUGUGAUUGGCAUCGAUGAAGCUCAGUUCUUUGGGGACCUUUAUGAGUUCUGCUGCAAUGCUGCUGAUUUUGAUGGGAAAAUUAUAGUUGUUGCAGGCCUAGAUGGUGAUUACUUGAGGAAGAGUUUUGGUUCAGUGCUUGACAUAAUUCCACUUGCUGAUACUGUGACCAAGUUGACUGCUAGAUGUGAGUUGUGUAACAGAAGGGCAUUUUUCACCUUCAGAAAGACUAAUGAGACAGAGACUGAGCUUAUAGGAGGUGCUGAUAUUUACAUGCCUGUUUGUCGUCAGCACUAUGUUAAUGGACAAUCUGUCAAUGAAUCUGCAAAAAUGGUUCUUGAAUCUCAUAAAGUGUCAAAUGAACUUAUCUUAGAAUCACCACUAGUUGAUCCAUAA